CACCGUGGCUACAGAGCCAAGGAUAAUAGGCUACUAGCCUACGCAAGAUUGAAUAACUUUUCAAUUCAUGACCACAGAGAGACUGUCAACGAAUACAGCAAAUAACUGUUGUUUUUAUGAGAACCAUAAGAAUUUGUGCAUGAGGCAGAUGCGGUGCGACUCGAGUUUCGCCAUCAGGUGGAAGACGGUGUCCCCUUGCUCUGGUCAGUCUCAUCCGGGGAAAGGAAGGAGAGAGCGGGGACCGUGAGAGGCGGUUGGGAAAAAUCGUUUUAAACGGUCAUCCUACUCGGAAUUCCAAGUCGGAAAGUCGGGCAUCUUUCUAGAGCUCCGACAUUUCGACCUGAAGACCACUGACGUCGUAAUUUGAUCUCGUUGACGAUCAGAUGCAGGAACACACUGAUCACACUGUGAUGGAGCUGAAUGCUGAUUAAGUGUCAUUUAUGACCACAUGGUAAACAGCCGCAUGAAAAGAGGAAGCAGAUAAAGUUGAGGCUACAGACAGAACAGAUCUGGCUUGAGUCUUGACAUUUCCUCACACCAUAACUUCUUGGAAAUAGGACUACAGAAUUCACUGAAUACUUAAGAGGAGACUAGAUAUAGCAGUCAGUCCACAUAAUGCGGGCCCAGGAUGGUCUAGAUCUGGAAGGUUAAUUACUGAGACCCACCUGCUGACCCUUGCCCAUGUUCUUCUGCUCCAGGGGACCUGUCCUCCUGCGCUCCCCAGGAAACAUGCUUAUCUUCUGGAUGUCUUGUGGAUCACUUCUCCCUCUCCUGGUCCUCUGCUAUAAUGGAAAAGACCGCUGCACAAUCCAGGAGAACAAACAAUAUCAUGUGUCCCCUGUGCUUGAGUCCCUGCACUGCUACAAUGACUAUAGCUCCUACGUCCACUGUAGCUGGGAAGAGAGUCCACACGCGUCCUCACAAGCCCUGUUAGCCCUAUACUACUGGGACGACACUGAGAACCGUGAGUCCCUGUGUAAACCAUAUGGUCAGCCAGCAUUGAAUGCCAACAACGGCAAGCUCACCGCCCAGUGUCAGUACGACACUCGUGACUUUGGCAUCAAUACCAACCAUGUCUUCUUCUUCAAUACCUCCUGUCCCCCUGCCCUGCUUCUGUCUAAGAAUUUGAGGGUGCGUCCACCAGUCCAUUUAUCACAGCAGCCUGUAGAGAGAGGGGGCCGUUUGCUCAGCUGGGAAAGCCCCUACCCCCCAACGUCCCUCCUGACCCCCACUCUCAACUAUCAGGUCAACUACAGGAGGUCUAACCAGGAUGACUGGACAGCAGUGAAGGUUCAAGACACCCGGCUGAGUUUGGAGCCUGAAGCUCAGGUGCCUGGCUGCCAGUAUGAGGCCAAGGUUAGGGCAAAGGGGAAGACAGGACUGUGGAGUGAGUGGAGCUCUCUAGUGACCUGGAUGACUGAGGACGACCCUGUGCCAGGCCCCUCCAGUGCGCAGUGUGUGGUGGAAGACGAGAAAGUGGUGACAUGCAGCUGGGAGGUGAAGAGAGACCUGGCUCAGUUCCUUACCUUCCAUCUGUCCUGCAAACGCAACCACACUGCACUAGCCCAGAAAUGCUGUGUUAACACCAUGGUCAGCGCUCCGUCCAGGGGUCCAAUGCUCAAAUACAGCUGCUCCUUCCCUGUCCCAGACUCAGAACAGCUAGAGGUGGAGCUCAUCCCCACAUGCAACAGCAAAACGUUUAAAACACAUAAAAACAUUCGUCCAAACCGUCCACUCCACGUGCAGAUAGAAGCGAGAGAUGGGAACUGGAUUCUAAAAUGGAAUCCGCCAAAAUCUAAUUUUGAACUCGCCUAUCAGGUGCACUACUGGAGUAAUGACACUCAGGAGGAUACCAGGUUCCUCAAUGUCUCCCAGGGGUCCCUCUCACUCUCCAUCCUGGGGGGGUCCCUGCGCCCCUCCGAGUGCUACCUGGUUAAGGUGAGAGCCCUGGUGGUCCCGGGAAGGGUUGAUACUUUCGAAGGAUCCCCCUCUGAAUGGACCGACCCAUUGGAGUGGACCUCACAGCCAGCUUCCUGGUCCAUCACCACCUUCCUCUACGUCUUCAUCAGUGUACUGGUGGCCAUUGUCUUCAUCACUCUCUAUGUAACCAUACCAGCCUGUCACAGGAGGUUAGUCUUGUGGGAGGUGUCUGUCCCGUCGCCCCUCAAGAGCAAGGCACUGGGAGAGGUCAUUAAGAAGUCUCCUGAUAGGUUGUUAUUUCCCGAGAGUGAGAGAAGUGAAAAUACCUACAUCUGCAGCGUACAGACACUGGAGAGCAGGGAGGAUAUCAGUCUCUGCUUUAGUUGCUCUUCAGAUAAUCCAUUGUGGUUGACCCCAGAUGUAAAGGCCAAUGGACUCUUCCAUUCCAUUGCCAAGGAGGAGUGGAAGAAGUAUGACCCAAACUUUUCCUCAAUACUUCUGUUGUCUGUGGACAGAUCUUGCCCUCCUGCUCUAGACUCAUCCGGAUUCAGCUUCAGUGGCCCUUACAUCUUGUGUGGGGACAGUUCACCGGCGCCGAGUGAGUUUCUGAGUCUGGAGCCUCCCCCUGAGGAGUCCGACAACACUCUCUCUAACUCUGACCCCUCUUCUCCCUCCUACUCUGAGAGGUCUGCCCCAUCCCCCUUGGAGUCGAGUGAGGGCUAUGUGGCGAUGCCUCAGGUCAGUGGUGGCCUGUCCAGAUCAACAACAGACGACAAUAAGAACAUUGGUAACAACAACGGCAACAAUGUCGUCAUCAUGGUAUGGCCCAAGUCAGAGCUCCUCCCACCCCAACCUAGCUCUAUGUCCACCUGCUCACCACUCAGUGAGAAUGAAGACCCUCCUCCAGCGUACAUGCCCACCACCACCACCCCCUUCACCUUGCCCCCAGUGGACCCUACCCUACAUACCUCUGGGUACUGCUUCCUCCCGGCUCUACAGGCACUUGGGGGCUGGGGCCAUGUGCAGUCUUCUGGGCCACCUAAAGGGGGCAGUCAAGAGCAGCAGGCAGGAAGGAGAGAGAGGAGGCAGGAGGAGCAGUGCAAGGAGGAUCCCUAUGUCAGACUGUCCCAGCUAGCCACUUAGCUAACCCCAUCUAAUGCUGGAAUACAUGCUCAGGACAUGAGGGCCUCUAUAGGCCACUGUUCUCAAUAUUUGAUCCAUUCUAACACUAACACACCUGACUCAACUAUUCACAAGAGCUUGAUUAUUAGUUGGGCUAGUUCAAUCAGGUGUGUUAGUGUUGGAAUGGACCACGUGUAAAACUAGUGAUUUGUGGUCACCGAAGACUGUGGCGCCUCAUACAGUAGCCUCCCUUGAUUACUCACAAUGCCCAGCAGAUGGCAGCACUGUACUUAGGGGACUGUACUUGUGUAUCUGUUGAACUCAGAGGUGGCCUAUGGAUUCUACUGUAAGGACUAACUACAAACACAGAAGCAUAGUGCAGUAAGCCAUUCCUCUCUGGGUGGUAAGGUGACUCAGGGCCAGAAUCCCAGGUUUCCACCACAUCACAUGGAUGGUACAUGUGUAACAGGGUGGCACUGUUGAGUUGGUGAGCGCAGCCUUAAGCCUCUGUCAGUGCCGGUGGCUGUUCCUGUCGUUCUACAGCAGGGGUCGGUCCACGGGCUGCAAAGUGUUGUGUUACAGAAUUAAAUCAAAUGUAAUUUGUCACAAGCUCCAUAAACAACAGGUGUAGACUUACAGUGAAAUGCUUAAUUUACAGGUCCUUCCCAACAAUGCAGAGAGAAAAAUAUAGAAAGAAAAUAACACAAGGAAUAAAUACACAAUGAGUAACGAUAACUUGACUAUAUACACAGGGUACCAGCACUGAGUUGAUGUGCAAGGGUAUGAGGUAAUUGAGGUAGAUAUGUACAUAUAUGUAGGGGUAAAGUGACAAGGCAACAGGAUAGAUAAUAAACAGUAGCAACAGUGUUAGUGCAAAGAGGGUGAAUGCAGAUAGUCUGGUUAGCUAUUUGGUUAACUAUUUAGUAUGGCUUGGGGGUAGAAGCUGUUCAGGGUCCUGUUGGUUCCAGACCUGGUGCAUUGGUACCGCUUGCCAUGCGGUAGCAGAGAGAACAGUCUGUGACUUGGGUGGAUGGAGUCUUUGACAAAUGUUUUCCUCUGACACCGCCUGGUAUAGAGGUCCUGGAUGGCAGGACCAUACGCACUACCCUCUGUAGCGCCUUGCAGUCUGAUGCCAAGCAUUUGCCAUACCAAGCAGUGAUGCUACCAGUCAAGAUGCCUUUAAUGGUGCAUCUGAAGAACAUUGAGGAUCUGAGGGCCCAUGCCAAAUAUUUUCAGCCUCCGGAGGGGGAAGAGACAUUGUCGUACCUGUAGUCCACGAUCAGCUCCUUUGUCUUGUUGAUGUUAAGAGAGAGGUUGUUGUCCUGGCACCACACUGCUACAUCACUGACCUCCUCUCUAUAGGUGGUCUAAGCAGCCUUAAUGAUGGUGUUGGACUUGUGCACAGCCAAGCAGUCGUGUGUGAACAGGGAGUACAGGAGGGGACUAAGCAUGCACCCCUGAGGGGCUCACAUGUUGACGGUCAGUGUGGCAAACUUUUUGCUUCCUUGGUUAAACGUGAGGACACAUUUCAAAAAUCGAGGGGAAAGAUAUGACAGGGUGGAACUGUUGAGUUGGUGAAUGCAGCCUUGUGCCUCUGUUGAUUGUAAUUACGGGUGUGGCCUUCAGUAUUUAACAUGGCUGUUCUUGUUGUUCUACAUAGUCGCAUUACCAUGAGAAGGUUGGCAUGCGCAGGGAGGAUGGGAGUGGCAACAUUGGGCUAGUCCAAAUUCUGAAGUAUAUCCGGGGAUUUUGUAAGUGUGUAUGGCAAGAGUACCCAUAUGCCAAUUUGACCCACUCUCCUUCUCCCCUUGGCAUUCCUUCGUGAGAGUAUUGUGCAACAUGUUCUGUGAACACGAGUAAUUGAUCUGAUCUGUGUUAUGCCAUAGCUCAGGCAUAUAUUGAAUAGAAUUGAGGAGUUGUCUGUCCCCUAAAGUUUUUUUAUGUCCUGUGAUAGGGAAUCAGUACGAGCUAGAGCUUCCAAGGAACAUGUAUGCCUGGAGCUGAAGAUGAAAUUAUGGUGUCAAAUAUUUGUGGGUUGUUCACUAUACCUCUGUCUAUUAUUCCCAUGCUCCACCCCCUGAUGUUGGAGAACCUGUGUGUUUCAGAUUAGUUCCGAGGACCUCCCCUCGUGUAUAGAAAUGUGCCGUACUACCGACUACAGGAAUAGGUAGAUAUAUGUAAAUCCCUUGUGUUACACAUCAGAAGAGGGCACACAGUAGUGAAGGCUGAGUCCCAAAUGCCUCCUUAUUCACUAUGUAGGGAAUAGGGUGCCAUUUGGGACUCAGACUUAGUGUAUCCUCCUCUGAAAGGUUAUCAUAGCGGGGAUAGUUAGGAGAGACCGGGGAUGGUUGUAACACAGGACAGUUGUAACACUCUCAAUAUCUCUAAUCAGGAACAAGCUAGAAUCAUGUGACUCACUGUGCACUAUUUAUUAUGAAGAAGCAAGACCCUGUGAUAGACUGGCGAUUUUAUUGGAAAAAAUAUGAUUUUGAGGUAGGAAAUGAAACAAAUUGACCAAAUGUAACGGUUUUCUUGAGGUGAAGGAGAGGCGGACCAAAAUGCAGCGUGGUGGUUAUUCAUGUUUAAUUUAAAAAGACACUAUACAUGAAUAAACUAACAAAACAAGAAACGUGAAACCUCAAACCAGCGCUAACUGGUGCAAACACAGAGACAGGAACAAUCACCCACCAACACGGUGGCUACCUAAGUAUGAUUCUCAAUCAGAGACAACUAAUGACACCUGCCUCUGAUUGAGAACCAUACGAGGCCGAAACAUAGAAAUACCCAAAUCAUAGAAAAACAAACAUAGACUGCCCACCCCAACUCACGCCCUGACCAUACUAAAUAAUGACAAAACAAAGGAAAUAAAGGUCAGAACGUGACACCAAAUGUAUUUUGCAGAUAGCAUCACCUGCUUUGUCGUUCACCAAACUUAUCAGGUUUAUAACCAGUGUGUUAUUAUAUUAUAUAUUAUAUGUACGCUAUCAAUGCUAAAGUUUGAUCAUGUGGCUAAAAAUUGAAGAUAGCUCAUGGCUGCAAGGGUCAGGGUUAGCCUAAGGAGGUCUGGGUGCUGGGCAUGCAAAUUGCCCCAGGAGGAAUGCUGCCAGACAUUUUGGUGCUGCAGAAAGAUCACACCUCAAAUCCAGUGGUUAUGAGGUCAAAUCCCAGGUGGAGUUAUAUUUUAGAUGAACAGCUUACCAUUUAUUUUAAAACCACCAUACCAUUACUUUAUUAUAAUGGUUUGGGAUCAUCUGGGACCAUCGUGACGUCCUGACGACUGGUAGAACAAGUGUCUUGAGAACAUCCACUUGCUUAAUCUAUAGUAUGUCACUUUUGUUUUGAGCCAACUUCGCCGUGGGCGUUGAGCGGGGCACCUGGUUCACGCCCGGGAGGCAGCCCGGUUCUAAACCAAAUGCAAUGACUUUUUACCCAGUGCAAACUCCUGCCGGGGCAACCUGUGUCAGAUAAUCAAAUGUCCCUUCAAUAUCUCACAUGCUCACGUUGUCACAUUUUAUCACAUUAACAUCACAGAAAAUGACACGUGAUCACACAAGAUCACACGUGUUCACUUGUGGAAUUCAUGAGGUGUUUUUUUACAUAAGGGACACCACAUUCAGUUGUUUAGUCCAGAUGUUGUUGUUUAGUCCGGAUGUGGUUGUAGUGGUUGAAAAGGGCCAGUUAAUGGAACGUAAAAAAUAGUAAACAUUUUAUGAUUUUUAUUAUUAUUUUAUUAUUUCUGCUGCACAAAAUGUUACCCUCUAUGGGAUCGGUGUCCCCCCCCACAGGACGGUUGAGCUAAUGUGCGCUAAUGUGAUUAGCAUGACAUUUUAAGUAGCAAGAACAUUUCCCAGGACAUAGACAUAUCUGAUAUGGGCAGAAAGUUUAAAUUAUUGUUAAUCUAACUGCACUGUCCAAUUUACAGUAGCUGUUACAGUGAAAUGUUUUUUUUCAUUGUAUUAUCUUUUACCAGACCUAAUGUGUUAUAUUCUCCUACAUUAAUUUCACAUUUCCACAAACUUCAAAGUGUUUAGUUUCAAAUGGUAUCAAGAAUAUACAUAUCUUGCUUCAGGUCCUGAGCUACAGGCAGUUAGAUUUGGGUAUGUCAUUUUAGGCAAAAAAAUAAUAAUUUAAGGGUCUGAUCCUUAAGAGGACGUGGCAAUGUUGUUCUCAUGGUCUCAGUUAGCCUUUCAAUAUUUCGUUGCAUAUCAUGAUUUCUGCAUUUUUUUAACUGUUACAUUUCACCCCAGGCCCUGUUACAACUGACCUGGGAGUUGACAUAAAUUGUAGCAUUUCACUCCUUGUUUGUUUGAUUUAGAGAGAUAACACCUAUACCUAUUGGUAGCAGACCAAGCCGUUCUUAUCACGUGUUUAAUGUAGCGUAGCAGCUCAAACAAUCUCUGAGAAAUUGACAAAAAUGCUAAAAGUGUUAGAACCAUCCCCAGUCUCCCCAAAGUUAUGAAUUCUUCACCAGCACAGAGCAAAUGUUAGUCUUUGGCACACUAUAUAUGCCCUGUUGGAUCAUCUGGUGCCCUUAACUUUGUGUUAAUGAUUUGUCAGUCCUAUUUAUUUCUGAAAUAUUCAAUAUAAUAUACAUUUUAUAUUAUGCUUUUUUGAGAUAUGAUAAGUAGUUUGAUAUAUGAAAAAUUGUGCCAAUUGUUUUCCUGUUUUUGUGCUGAUUUUUCCUGAUUUUGUGCUGUAGGCCUAUUUCUAGGCGAUCAUACAAAUAGAUUAUGUUGUGAAACAAGCUUUCUGUCACACCUUCCUUCCCCAAAUGCUCCAUUCAAGUAAAGAAAAAUGUCACCAGAUGGAUGUGCUAUGAUGAACCCCCCCUCUGUGUUUUUUCUGUAUAGUGAUUCUCAUUGUGCCUAUCCUAAUAUUAUCAGGUUAAUAUCAGAGGUUAAUGUACACAUUUAUUAUUAUUUAAGAAUAAAAUGACUAUGGCUUUGGAUAUGA